AUGAAUGUCACCUACGGAACGAUCAGUGAGUUGAAGUUUCUGGACCAGUGCACCACCGAAAUGCUUCGCAUCUAUCCACCAGUUGUCAGAACGAAUUGUCUCUGCACUAAAGAUAUCACCCUCAAAGGCAUAAGAAUGAAAAAAGGAUGUAUAUUUACGUUACCAAUAAGGGCCAUUCACUACUGUGCUGACUACUAUUCCUCGCCGAUGGAGUUCGAUCCCGAAAGAUGGACAACUGAAAAUCGCUCACUGCGGAAUCCACUCACUUUUGUACCAUUCGGGUAUGGACCUCGAAAUUGUGUUGGAAUGCGGGUAGCACAAAUGCAGAUGAAAGUGGCUAUGGUACACAUUCCUCGUGAAUACGAGCUUCGACCGGGAGAAGACUUGAAACUACCUAUUCGCAUCAACACUAUAGGUAGCAUGAGGACUGCUGAGGAGCUAAGUAUUGUUUUUAAAAGAGUUUAA